UCACCUGAGUUGCCCCUGACUGACCUUUAACCCUGACACUGAGCUGCUGCCGCUCACUCGUCAUUCUCACAUUGGAGCCCAGCCCCCCAGGGGAAAUCAUGCCUCCGAAUGUCAUGGUGAGUGCCCCAACAGACGGCAAUCUGGAGAAAUUCAAGGCUCGCGGAUGCUGUACAUCUCACUAUAACCUAUCUGUCAUCUCUAACUGCCAAGUGGUGUUUUUGGCCACCAAGCCCCAUAUUAUUCCCUCCGUCCUAAAAGAGAUUUACCCCCAAGUGACCGCUGAGCACCUGAUCAUUUCCAUGGCUGCCGGAGUCACGCUGGAGACCCUGGAGAAGAAUCUGCCCCUGGGAGCAAGGUUAUCCGCAUGAUGCCCAACCUGCCCUGUGUGGUUCAGGAAGGGGCAAUAGUAUUUUCCCGGGUUCAGAACAUGUUCAGAGAAGCGGCAGUUGUGGAUCCGAGCUGCAAAUUAGAGGCCACAAUCUUUUGUUGCGUGCGACUAUUUAUUUAGCUCCAAAUACGUUCAAGUCAGUGGGCGACUUUUUGUGUCGCAGCUAAUUUUCUGCUGCAAAUUUUUGCAGUAGUUUCAGAAAAAUGUGCAGAUGUCGAAAUGCAGGACUUCGCUGCCAAUCUGCGGCUGGCGAAAAAAUUCGCUCAUCACUAGUUUAUACCCUGUCUGUGUGAUUCGAAAUAUUUCAGCCUCCGGACCUCCCCCAGCCCAAGCCAUUGACACCAAACCAGCAGCUUCAUUGUAAGGCAAACGGUUGCCCAUCGACUCCCUUCCUAUAAUAGCCCAAUCAAUGCUGCAUGGGAAUGAAGUUGUGCAGCUCUGAGAGGAAACAGGAUUUUCAAUGGAAAAGUUGGGGGGACAAAUGUAUAAAAUAAAUACACAUGAACCCCCAUAGUCUGCUGUAAAAACGGUUCUGCGCAUUUUUCGGUGAAACUGGUGCGGAAAAAUAAAAUAAUGAAUGACUGUC